UAACUGAUCUCAGUAAUAUCAAAUAGUAGAUAGGAAUAGCCAGCGCUUCAGUAAAUUUUGUAAAAGUAAAAACCCACAGCUGUGCACAGUACUAAAAUAACAGUGCAAUAUACACUACAAAAAUGUUAAAAACUGGAACCAAAAAACCAGUUCUUGGAACUGGUUUUACUGUACUGCUUCUGUUUGUUUGUUGUUGUUUGGUGGAGAGCCGCUAUCAGCCGACCUGGGAAAGUUUAGACACUCGGCCCCUGCCAUCCUGGUAUGACGAAGCAAAGAUCGGUGUAUUUAUGCACUGGGGUCCGUAUAGUGUCCCUGGAGUAGCUAGCGAGUGGUUUUGGUUUCAAUGGAAAAGAAAUGAUCCAAAUAAUGCGGGAGACCAGUCUGUUGUACAGUACAUGAACAAGUACUAUCCACCAGAUUUUAAAUACCAGGAGUUUGGUUCCCAACUCCGUGCAGAGUUCUUUAAUGCAACAGAGUGGGCAGACAUUGUCGCUAGUUCAGGAGCAAAGUACUAUGUACUAACUAGUAAACAUCAUGAUGGGUUCUCUAAUUGGCCGAGCUCCAGAAAUUUUGGCUGGAAUUCCAGAGAUAUAGGACCUAAACGUGAUGUUAUUGGUGAGCUUGCUGAUGCGUUUAGAGCUGAUGGAAGAGUAGAGUUUGGUCUUUAUCAUUCUCUCUUCGAAUGGUUUAAUCCUCUAUAUUUACAGGUGGAGACGUUUUCUCUUUUUUACUUGGAUUGGACAUAUAGAAUAAUAAUCAUGUUCUCAGGAAAUUAUAAACCUCAGGUUCUCUGGUCGGAUGGAGAAUGGGAAGCUCUGGAUACCUACUGGAGAUCAAAAGAGUUUCUUGCCUGGCUUUAUAAUGAUAGUCCAGUCAAGGAUACUGUUGUAGCCAAUGAUAGGUGGGGCCGAGAUAUUCUCUGUAAGCAUGGUGAUUUCUACACCUGCACAGAUAGAUACAACCCAGGGGUUCUACAGAAACAUAAAUGGGAGAAUGCUAUGACAAUUGACAGGAAAAGUUGGGGAUAUAGAAGAAAUAUGAACCUUGAAGAUAUUCUAACAAUGGAGGAAUUAACGGAAACUCUGGCAAUGACUAUUAGUUGUGGAGGUAACCUGUUAAUGAAUGUUGGACCAAACAGUCAAGGAUCUAUAGAUACAAUCUUCCAAGAAAGAUUAAGACAAAUGGGAGACUGGUUGAAGGUGAACGGUGAGGCUGUGUACAGUUCUAUUCCCUGGACUGUACAGAACGAUACAAUUAACAGCAAGGUCUGGUAUACAAUUAGGGUAGAUAAGCAAAGUGGAACUCUUGUAUACGGUAUACUGCUGGAUUGGCCUCUAGACAGACAGGUUGAAUUGGGUAGUCCUGAGCCUACAGCAAAUACCAAGAUUAGUAUUCUUGGUUCCAAUACAACAAUCAGCUGGAAGGCCAAAGAAGGAGGAGGGUUGAGUUUGGAACUUCCGCCUAGAGAUGAAAUAUCAAGCAAUUGGGCCUGGGUUAUCAGGUUGGAGGAGUUGGGUAAUGCAGGAAAUAAUGUUUGGUGAAAAACUCAACACAAAUAAUAUAAUGCUUUUAUUUAAUGAACAAAUUAUUAAAUAUAAAAUUGAAAAAAUUA